AUGGUUGUUUUACCAAUCUUCCUGCUGGAGCUGUUUCCUUACAUGGUAUGUAAGGCUCACAUAGCAAAAUGUAGGCUCCAAGGUCCUCAUCGUCCACUUCACAUGUAUCAUCAGCCAGGAGAUUUCAUCAUCGGUGGCAUUGUUUCCCAUGGUGCCUUCUUAUCCACUUCAGCAACAUUCAUGGAGGAACCUCCACCAGUACAGCCUGAAGAGCUUGUGGUGGUACCCAAGGCUUAUCAGCACAUCCUGGCUUUGGCAUUUGCAGUUAAGGAGAUCAAUGGAUGCUCCCACAUUUUGCCCAAUAUCACCUUGGGCUUCCAUAUCUAUGACAGCUAUAUUAAUGCAAGGAAGACGUAUCUUGCCACACUGAUACUUUUAUCCAAACUGGAAAAAUGUGUCCCCAACUAUGUAUGUGAUAUUGAAAAUAAUCUGACAGGGGUUAUUGGGGGAAUCGACUCGGAAAUCUCCUUUUAUGUGGCAACAAUUUUGGAUAUCUAUAAGAUUCCACAGCUCAUUUAUGGCUCUGCUCCCGUGAUGAAUGAUAAAACCCCAGGGCUUGCCUUCUACCAGUUGACAGCCCAGGAAGACCUUCAAUAUGAGGGAAUUAUCUCUCUGCUUCUGCAUUUCAAGUGGACAUGGAUUGGGGUCACUGCAAUGGACAAUGACAACGGGGAAAGAUUUGCCUGUCCUCUUUCGGCCUGCACUGAAAGUUGCCAACCCGGAUCUAGCAAGAAAGUGAAAGAAGGGAAGCCAUUUUGCUGUUAUGACUGCAUCUUAUGUCCAGAGGGCAAGAUUUCAAACCAGGAAGAUAUGAAUGACUGUACAAAAUGCUCAGAUGAAAACUAUCCAAGCAAGGAACGAGAUAUAUGUAUUCCUAAAGGCAUCAGCUUCUUGUCGUAUGAAGAACCUUUAGGCAGCAGUUUAGCUAUAUUUGCGCUUUCUUUUGCUUUCAUCACAACUCUGGUACUGGGAACAUUUCUGAAGAACCACAAGACUCCCAUUGUCAAAGCCAACAACCAGAAUAUCACCUAUACUCUCCUUGUCACCCUCUUGCUAUGCUUUCUUUGUGCUUUACUGUUCAUUGGCCAGCCUAAGAAGAUGACAUGUCUUCUGCAACAAGCUGCUUUUGGCAUCAUCUUUUCAGUGGCUGUUUCCUGUGUACUGGCAAAAACAGUCACUGUGAUUCUGGCUUUCACGGCCACAAAACCAGGAUCCAGGAUGAGAAUGUGGGUAGGGAGAAGGCUGGCCAACUCCAUUGUCAUUUGCUGCUCCCUUAUUCAAACAGGCAUCUGUACACUGUGGUUGGCAAUCUCUCCCCCAUUCCCCGAUGUUGACAAGCACUCAAUGCCUGAGGAAAUUAUACUAGAAUGUAAUGUGGGGACUGUGAUUAUGUUUUACUGUGUCCUUAGUUACAUGGGCCUUCUAGCAAUAAUCAGUUUCACAGUGGCUUUCCUUGCCAGGAAAUUACCAGACAUUUUCAAUGAAGCAAAGUUUAUCACUUUCAGCAUGUUGGUAUUUUGCAGUGUUUGGUUGUCCUUUGUUCCAUCCUACCUGAGUACCAAGGGGAAAUACACUGUAGCUGUGGAGAUCUUCUCUAUCUUAGCCUCCAGUGCUGGUCUAUUAGGUUGCAUCUUUUCCCCCAAAUGUUAUAUUAUUUUGUUGAGGCCUGAGCUGAAUAAUAGGGAACAGAUAACAAGCAUUAACAAAAUGAAGAAUUAA